AUGACAUGUGUGUCAGCACUGAUACGUGUAGCCAUUUUAGAUGACACGUGGCUGCACAUGGGCUCAGCAUACCUCAGGGCCCGGGACCUUCCCAGGGAGCCCUGUGCCCAUAGCUGUGGCCAUGGCCAUGCCCUGAUCCACCCCAAGGGAGGAGGUCUGCUCCAUGUGCUAGCUGUGGGGGUGGGAGGAUUGGCCAGCUGUUUUGGGCGGGAGGAUGUGACUCCGCCCUCCCACCUGAAGCUCGCUUGCUGGGCUCUCUGCACCCAAUCCAGCUGCAGCUGCGUGAGCAAGGAGGUGCUGGCUGUGGAGGGAGCCCUGCAGACAGAGCCUGCCGGGAAGCCCCGUGGGAGCUGCCAGCUAGCUUUCCCUGUCCUACGACUACGACAGCAGGACUUCCUGGGUCACUUAGGGCCCGGGCAGCCUCUCCUCAGCGGGUGGCUCUCGGAGGCGUCAGUCUUCACUCAGCUUCCCUCCUCUUUCUCCACUUCCUGCUCCCACAGAAUGAGCGGGGACAGCUCCUCCGAUGCAAGCCCGGAGGAAGGGUCUCAAAGUCAGGGAGAAGAUGCUUUCAAGGAUAUAUCCACAUACUUCUCCAAGAAGCAGUGGGUGAAGCUAAAAGAAUGGGAGAAAGUCCGACUUAAGAAUGUAAAGCGGAACUAUGAGGCAAUGAUUAAAAUAGGUCUCAGUGUUCCUCGACCAGCUUUCAUGUGCCGUGGCAGGCAAAAUAAGAAAGUCAAAGUGGAGGAAUCUGGAGAUUCUGAUGAAGAAUGGAUACCUAAGCAGCUAGUGAAAACCCUGCGGUUCCCUUCGAGAGCAAAACAGAGGACCCACCCAAAGAAUAAGGCCAAAAAACCAGCUGACCCCAAAGCAGAGGGAAUGAUGGAUUUAUCUGAGGAACUGAAGACAGUAGUCAUGAAUAACCUGACCAUCUCAGAGGAAGUCAAGAAACAAAUGGAUGGAAUCUGUACCAGUAACCAACUGACAGAGGGAAAAUUAGAUUGCAGAAGAAAGGAUGUUGAAGUUCAUAUUUAUAGCUUGCGGGAACGAAAGUAUCAGGUGUACCAAGAAAUGUGGGACCCUCAAGAUGAUGACUAUCUGUACUGUGAGGAGUGUCAGAUCUUCUUUCUGGACAGCUGUCCCCUUCAUGGGCCCCCAACAUUUGUCCAGGAUAGUGCCAUGGUCAAGGGACAUCCUUAUUGCUCAGCCAUCACCUUACCACCUGGGCUAAGAAUUGGGCUUUCAGGAAUCCCUGGUGCAGGGCUUGGUGUAUGGAAUGAGGCCUCAACUCUGCCACUGGGUCUGCACUUCGGGCCCUAUAAAGGGAAGAUGACAGAGGAUGAUGAGGCUGCCAACAGUGGAUACUCGUGGAUGAUCACCAAGGGGAGAAACUGUUAUGAGUAUGUGGAUGGGAAAGAGGAAUCUUGCUCCAACUGGAUGAGGUAUGUGAACUGUGCCCGAGAUGAAGAGGAGCAGAACUUGGUGGCCUUCCAGUACCACAGACAGAUCUUUUACCGAACCUGCCGUGUCAUCAGGCCUGGCUGUGAGCUCCUUGUCUGGUACGGGGAUGAGUACGGUCAAGAACUGGGCAUCAAGUGGGGAAGCAAGUGGAAAAGGCCUCUGCCAGAACUGACAGAUGGGGAAACCGAGGCUCAGGGAGGCAAAAGCCAGAGAGCCAAGACUCAGAUGCAAGUCUUUUGAUUCUGAGGACUUCCAAGUGCUUUUUGCUGUAGCACUUUGGUUCAGACAGCUCCUAUUAAACAUCACAUGGAAUUCUACUGCAAUUAGCACUGCUUUAAUGCUGUCUGAAUUUGUGUUCCAGCACCUUCUUGUAGUGUCCCAUUCAUUGUCCAGUAGGGGUCACAGACACCACUGAAAAAAUCACACCUAAUGGGUGCCUUUGAAUGAAGGGUUUGAUAGACUAGGCAGGUGUGCAGAAUGGCUGGAUCCCACAGAAAAUGCUCCAGCUUCAUCUUCACCCUUUCCAGAAAAUAAAUGUCAUCUUUAUGCAGACCAAGUCGCAUUAUGCUGGCUAGGAAGGCAAGAGUUCAAGUGAAUGGAAACGAUUGACUCGGGGAUGUCUAUCAAGACUUUUGCCAUAGGUACAUGAGGAUAGAAGGGAAGGACAGGAGGAUUGGGCAGGGGGAAGGGGGAACAAGAAGCUCUGCAAACUGUGUUGUCAUGGGGCGAGAAGAGGCUCUGGCUCAAAUUUCCUUACUUUAGGAGGGAAGCCAGGAAUCUCUCUUUGCCCUUCCACCCUCUGGGCUUCUCCACUCAUACCUUCCUCAAUCAACACACGCUGCUCAAAACAGCCCCCUUAAGUGUUCUUGGAUUCAGGGACAGGAAAAUUAUGAGCUGGGAGAUCUACAGCCGGACCAGCUACCUCCAACCGGUUCCAACUGUUAAGUGACAAGCCAGAAACUUCACCAAAAGAGCACCCUAGCUCUUUAUGGGGGAAGACCAAACAGGUGGAUCGGAGGGAAAAAUUCAGCCUGCCUCAGAGCCAGCAAGUGAGGGGGAAAGAAAGCAGCUCUGGAGAGGAUCUCAGCAGGAUCCAGGGGAAGAGCACUAGACAAACCACAAUGGCAUUCCAGGAGAGGAAUAGAAAAGAAUGUGAGUGAGGAUUUACCCACCAAACGAACCUCGUAACACACAGGUGGACACACUCAGGAGAGAGGCCUUAUGUGUGUGUGAGUGAGGAUUUACCCAGAAGUUAGGCUUCAGCCCAUACACAUGGACCCUUUAAAGCAGAUCUUACACCUGGCAAGGAUUGUAGACAAGUUCACUAACUUGUCAAAUCUGUUCAAAUAUAAGUAUAUGCUGUCAGUAAACAUAACCCGGAGACCACGGGACACAGAGAGGGAAAAAAUGGGCUACUUUCUUCUCUGGCCACUCUGAGAUGGUGUCCAGAAAGCCAGCUUGACCACCAGCCAAUCACCAUUCUGAGU